AUGACUGGACAAUCAAAAUCUCAACCAACUGACAUUUCAAAAGAUCAUUCUUUUCCCGAAUCAAAAGAUUUAACAAAAAAAAAGCCCACACAAAUGCAAACGCAACAAAGCAAGACUUCAACCCCCGCAAAAAAUUUAAAUAAAGAAAAUGUAAAAUCACUGGCUCCAAUAAAAGAAACGAGAAAAACUAAAAAAUCAAAAGCUAGUGCAAAAUCAAGGUUUAAAUCCCAGAAAGCUACAGUUACAUCUAAUAAAAAACCCAUUUCGAAAGAACGUUUGAAUGGAAGCUCUAAAAAAAGUUCAAAUAAAAGUUCAAAAAGAAAUUCUAAAGAAGAAGAAGUCAAAUUUUCCAAAUCACAAAAUUCUAAAAAAAGUUUAAAAAGAAACUCCAAAGAAACUUAUGAACAAGACGACGCAGGCAAAACUUCAAAACCACAAAGUAAGAAAACAGGUUCAAAAAGAAGCUCCAGGCGAAGUUCUAAACCCAAUUCAAGAGAUACAUCUAAACAUGAAACAACCAAAAUCCCAAAAUCACAAGGAAAGAAAAUCGAAAAGCCGGAAAACGGUGGUCCCAACGAUUCAACAGAUAUCAACGCAAAUGAAAGAGGGUCAGUAAGAAAAACACGAUCAAAAGGUAGAUCUCUGCCAAUAUCUAAUAUUAUUAAAAUGGAAGUUGGAAAAAAGUAUUCACUUCAAAUACCUAUGAAGAGUAACAAACAAGUAAUGGGAAACAAUCAAAAUGUAGUGACUGGUUCGGUAAAAGAAUUUGGAACGUCAAGAAAAAUUUCACCCCUUGCUGAAAAUAUUGAAACUUCAAAUUUUGCGAAAGAAAUUAUAAAUAAUGACUCGCAUAUUAAGGACCACUUGUCUUUAAAAGAUAAAUCUCAAUCGCAAGUAGAACAAGAAAAUUAUGAAAAAAAUAAACUUUCUUCAGAUUAUCAAUCUCAACAACACGUGAUAGCAAACGAAAACGAAUAUACACCAGCUAGCAAACAAAAUAGCAAAGACAAAGCAGAUCUAACGCUAAGAGUAUCAAAUGCUUCCAAGAGGAUAUCAAUCAGAUCCAAUCCCUCAAGAUACUUACCAACGCCUGAUCAUGUCGAUAGUGUUAAAUCAAACCCGGAUAUUUCAGCAUCUGAAAAGAAAGUUGAAGAAACUACAAAUUCCUUACCUGAGUUGCCAGUACCGUUCCCACCAACCUUGGCGCCGUCGGAAGCUCCAGAAAUGAAAACUGCAGAAGAAAAGCUUCCAUACAAGGAGAUGGACGAUGAAGAAAUGAUGAAGUCGCCAACCAGAUCUGAUAGAAUGGUCGAAACGGAAGAUGGAAAUACAAACGACAAUGCUGUGCUUAUAGAAAACGAUAAAGAGUUAGAGAAUGGAGGACACCUAUAUGACCGAUCAUCACACACUAGCGAAACAAGUUACAACACAAAUGCACACAACUUAGCAGAGAAGAGCAGUGAGAAACACAAUUGUGAAGAUGAAAAUGAAGACAGUAGUGAAGUUAGUUCGCAAAACUUGGACGACGAUCGUGAAUGCGGUUCGGAUGAUAACAUUAAUGAUGAUGACAUGAAGAAAUCAUUAGACAGUGAAUGUGACGAAAGUAGUGCCUCUGAUGACAGCAGCAGUUCAUCAUCCGAAUCCAGCGAGCAAUCCAGAAACUCGUCCGAAAAAAACAAAUGA